GACCAGGAAUCGAACCCUGGCCCCCUGCAGUGGGAGCACAGAAGCCCUGAACCACUGGACCACCAGGGGAGUCCCUAAAGAGCAUUGUUUUGGUAGUCACUUCUUUGUUUCUUUUUUCAUUAAUGGAAAAGCUAAGACAGUAUUACUAGGUCUAUUUCCUAAUGUCAGGUAAUUCUGAGAAUUCCAGAUAGAACUAAGGAAUAUAAGUAAAGGGUUAAAAAUGAGAAGGAAAAAAGAAGACAUUAGAGGAAACAGAUUCCAAGUCAUUGGCUCCCUCUUGGUCUGCAGGUACAGAAACGAAUGAUUUACCAGGAAGCGAAUGACUGAAUAAAGGUCACGCAUGAGACGUGGGCUUCAGCGGCGAGGAAGAAUUGAGUUUCUCUGGUAACUGUUUGUUCACCGCCUCCUGCACGGAGUGUGGUCUGUGUGUGAUGUGAUAGUAAAAUGACCGACUGCCCGUAGGGAGAGUGUCAUGUUGGAAACCAUCUCUCCUGAGCCUGGAAAUGAGUGAAUGUCUCUCCCGGAGCAGGUGAAGUAGCGGGCUUAGGUUCGCGACCGUGUCACACACACAACAGGCAUCUUCGUGUGGGCUUCGCCUCGAGGUGGUCUAGUGCCGCGGGGGUCAGGGGUGGGGCUGGGGGCGUGCAGGUGAAGCAAGACAGGUGUGGAUUGAUCGUCGUUGAACCCCUGCGAUGGACCCAUCGAGGGCCCAGUAUGUCAUUCCUUCCACUUUUGUGCGUGUUUGUCAUUUUCCACGGCAGAAAGUGAAACAGGCCGAACGCCGAGGCCUCUGAGAACCGCGAGUGGCUGUCAGCGGGGUGAGAUGUACGCCCCUGGCCCCGGGGAAUCCCAGCCCUGCUAGGCCACGUUCACGUUCACUCUCUCCCCUCCCCCGUUGAAUCUGCAGGGAGUUGGCUACUUACAGUUAAGUCCCUUGAGCCCUAUGAGCGCCCCAGCUGAGAAGCGACUGGGUGGUGCGCGGGGAGGCAGUGACGUGCGGGGCCACUCGAGGAGCGCGUGGUGUCGAAGGCCCGCGCGAGGCCGCCUGGCCCGGAGCUCGGAGGAGAGCUGGGAGGCCCGCUUCGCCUGGAGGACCCUCCUGCAGCCCUUUCUUCCGGGAGGAGGGCGGGGGCGGGGUUAAGAGCAAGGGCGUGGGCUGGAGUCAGAGGGGCAGGGCGGCCCCUCCUGGCAGAGGGCGGGUCGUGAAGUGGCGCUCGAGCGGGUGUGGGAGGUAAGUUCUGUCGUCCGGUGACUGAGCCAGGCGAGGGCAGCUCUUGCCGUUGGGGAGUGAGCGCAGUGUGGGAUCUGUGAGGUCGAACCCACCUGGUGCCCAAAGAGGCUGGGUGCUCAGCCGUCCAUGGGGUGCUGUGUGCGUGAAGUGGGGAUGCUCGCAGGCCUCGGGCGGCGCUGGAGGACCGUGUAGGAAACAUGAUGAUGGAGACACAACUGGUGUUGCUGAAAAGGACGCUUUUAUGGAUGACUUGUAAAGUACGGUGUUAUCCUGGGUCUUCCCAGCGGUCAGUUGCUUUCUUCCUCCGUGUUACUUACUCAGGUCUUCGCUACUGAGUCUUUCCUUAGUAAAGUGUUCCUUGAUUAUGAGUGUGGCCGUGACUGGGAGUUACUCAUGUAGGGAAAAUUGUGUAGGAAAACUGAUGAUGGAGACACAACUGUUGUUAUUGAAAAGGACCAUUUUAUGGAUGAUUUCUUCCAUCAGGUUGAGGAGAUCAGAAACAGUAUAGCUAAAAUAGCUCAGUAUGUUGAAGAAGUAAAGAAAAACCACAGCAUCAUUCUUUCUGCACCAAACCCAGAAGGAAAAAUAAAAGAAGAACUUGAAGAUCUGAACAAAGAAAUCAAGAACACUGCUAAUAAAAUUCGGACCAAGUUAAAAUCUAUUGAACAGAGUUUUGAUCAGGAUGAGAGCGGGAACCGGACGUCAGUGGACCUUCGGAUACGCAGAACCCAGCAUUCAGUGCUGUCUCGACAGUUUGUGGAAGCUAUGACCGCGUAUAACGAAGCACAGACCCUAUUUCGGGAGCGAAGCAAAGGCCGGAUCCAGCGCCAGCUAGAAAUAACUGGAAAAACUACCACUGAUGAUGAACUAGAAGAGAUGCUGGAAAGUGGGAAUCCCUCCAUUUUCACGUCGGACAUUAUAUCGGAUUCACAGAUUACUAGACAGGCUCUCAAUGAAAUUGAGUCGCGUCAUAAAGACAUCAUGAGGCUGGAGACCAGCAUCAGAGAGCUGCACGAGCUGUUCGUGGACAUGGCCGUGCUCGUUGAGACUCAGGGUGAAAUGAUCAACAACAUAGAAAAAAACGUUAUGAAUGCCACAGACUAUGUAGAACAUGCUAAAGAAGAAACGAAAAAAGCUAUUAAAUAUCAAAGCAAAGCAAGAAGGAAAAAGUGGAUAAUUGUUGCUGUGUCACUAGUUCUGGUGGCUGUGGUUGCUCUAAUUAUUGGCUUAUCAGUUGGCAUGUGAUGUGGUGGCUGACGUCAGCGUGCAUGCCUCCCUGCCGGCGCGGCAAAAAUGAUGUUCAUUAUUAUUUGCGUAGUUAUUUCGCUUGUGAUCCUUGGAAUUAUCCUGGCAACAACAUUGUCAUAGCAACCAUGUCCCAAGAGCCGUUUAUCCUUGGAGUCAGACCACAUCUGCAGCAAAUGAGCCUCCUCCCAUUUCAUGAAUGAAUCCUAGACAUUGUGACACGUGGCAUUGAGUGCUGACUUUUUAUUAGUGAAUUCAAGGAGAAAACGCAACAGAAUGUAUUGUUUGGUGAGAAAAGCGGAAUGGAUGUGAUGAGUUAACCCAGACAUCCUCGGACUCUACGUAACACACCACGAAAAAUUAACAAUGUGAAACUGGUUUCAAUGGCCUUAAAAUAAGGAAUUAUUGAAAUUUUCAGUUUUUUUUAUAUUUCAGUGUUAAAAAUGUAUGUGAGGUUUAAUUAGGAAUGUCUUAUGUUAUGAAGCUCUUAGAUGUGAGGUCUAAGACUUUCUUCCCUCUCCCAGCUAACAUGCUGAUUGAGACGUUUUUGUACUGUGUUUGUGUUUAUGUUUGCAAAAAUUAUUUUUAUUAUCACAGAGCUGUUUUGUAAGAUAUCUACAAUUUUAAAUGUUUAUAAAUUGUUUAAUAUAUUAACAUCUUAAUUUACUCCAAUUUUAUAUAUUAACUAUUGCCUUUUAAAAGAAAUAGGAAGGUUCAUGAUAUUAGAGCCAUUUUUGCACAGUUGUUUACAAAGUUUGCCAUCGGCCUAGAAGACAUUGGUUGCAAGGUUCCCCCAAAAGCCUUUGUAGUGCCUUCUGUUAAAAUUGAUUUAUAAGGUUUAAAUGCGCCCAACACCCUGCGGGAAAAGCUCGAUUAUUGUACUCAGCUCCAUUUCAGCUGUGUCAUUACCCAAGAUAAUAAAUUAGUUACUGCACUGUAAAGACAAUGGUCUCUUCUUUUACUCAUUACAAAAUAAGGUUUGUGAUUCCCUGUUUAACACUGAUAAAGUCUCAAUUUAAGAUGGUGAUAAAACCAAAUUUUAAACUCAAGGGGAUUAUUCCCAGACAUUACGUAAUUCUUUUAAAUUUCAGCCGUUGUACAGAUCACCUAAAUGUUCUUGUUCAGUACCUACUCUUCUGCUAAACUUUAAAAGUUAAUUCCCAAAGUUUACAGGAAUCUUUGAUAAUUAACAUUUUUAUUACUCAUUAUUUUUAGUAUAAUAUGCUUUAUUUUUAGACUGUAAAAUGUAUGAAAUCUUACUAGUGAAUGCACAUCUAUAAGAUAGCAUCUCGUCAAAAUUUUAAAUGAACAUGUGAAGGAUACUCAGAAUAUAGUUAACUCUUAUUACUUCUGUAUGCGAUUGUGUAAGCACAAGACUGUAUUUAACGUUGGCUUGAAAACUGAUAUAGAUACGCUUGACUGCAAACUGUUAAGUGUGAAUUAUAUUGGACCGUUUAGAAACUGUGUUCCUUAUUCAGUACAAUUAUGAAUUUCACUCAUUCAUACUUUAUACAUCUAACUGCUUAGUUUAGGCUUAAGUCUGUAUUUAUGCAUUUUAUUUACUUGCUGGUCAUCACUGUGUAGUCCGAAUUCCUAUAGGAGUAUCCUGGCUCUAGCAUAUAUAUUUCUUAAAUCUUUAAAAAGCCUGUCAGUGGGACACGCUCCCUGAUUUGUGCUUAAGUUGAAGGUGUGACUUGUCCUGAAGGAUAUUUAAAUUUCUAGAGAUCAUGCUUGUAUUAAUGUAACUUUUGUACAUCCAAACAUUUGUCUGUAUGAUUAUGUCCCUGUGCGGAGGAACUUUGUGCUCCCCCUGUGUCCCACUGUUCCCUUCAAGUUAAGUCUUUUUAGUCCCCACCUCUCAUAAUAAUUCUUACUGUAUUUUUUCAAGACAUUCUUUCUGGAUUUGAAGUACUUACUGAAUCUGUGUUUUCUAGUUGAAGAUAUGGAAGUGCUUUUUGAUUUGUACUUAGGUGUUUAAGUCAUCCAUCAGGUAACACAUUUUGUAUGUCUAAGCCUCAUGUACCUAUUUGAAAUGAGAUUUUUAAAAAUACACAUACAGGUUCAUUUGUUACUUUUUAUCAUUUCUUCAAAUAUUUCAUGUUUACAUUAAAAAAAAUCUCAGAGAACCAAAAAAGAAAUAUUUACUUUCUGCCUCGUGUUCAUUUCUGUAAAGAUUUUUGGGGAGAUAUUUUAUUGCAUAUCCAUUAAUAAAUUCUACUAUGAAAAUCACCUCUG